UUGUUAACCUCGUGAAUUUUUCAGUGAAGUUGGAGAAUUGCUAACUCUAUUUGCUCAGUCCGAAGCGGUAAAAAGUGUCAUCCGAUGUCCUAACAGUAUCAUGAGGAUUACGUAGUAACCAUAAGGAGAUUGUGUGAUAAAAGUCCCGAGGGAUUCCUUUAUCAUCAGUGAUAUAAAUUGAAUCUGAAAGGCAAUACAGCUAUAAUUGUCUACAAGACAGAUUAGAGAUGUCGGGUACAACAGAGCCUGUACCUGAGGCCCAGCCAGUUUCUGAGGUGGGUAGUGAACCAUCAUCUCCUUCCAGCACUGCCACUAGUACCACAUCUUCUACACCAUCGACAGCCCCAAAGCAACCACAACCUGUAAGGAAGCAAGUGAAAAAGAAAGACAAGAAUGAUCCCACAAGAUUUCAAGGUGAGGGUGUGAACUUCAAUGCCAAGUUGAUAGGCGUGGAUGAUGUCCCUGAUGCCCGAGGUGACAGAAUGUGCCAGGAGACAAUCUACAGACUCAAGCUCUCGGUAAAGGCAUCUGGACAACAUAAGCAGAGGAUCAUUGUUAAUGUGUCUGAGGAGGGCAUCAAACUCAUUGACCUUAAGACUGCUGUAGUGAACUACACACAUGCUGUCCACAAAAUAUCCUUUAUAUCCAGGGAUGUCACAGAUAGCCGUGCCUUUGGUUAUAUCUUUGGAGUAGGAGAUGGAACACACAAAUUCUUCGGAAUCAAGACCGAGAAAGCUGCUGAAGCCUUGGUUCUAACUCUCAGGGACCUUUUCCAAGUUGUCUAUGAAAAAAAGAAAAAAGAAAUGGAGGAGGCCAAACAGAAGGCAGAGGAAGAAGAAGAACAGACUAAGAUUGACACCAAACCAGCAGAUGAUCCCAAUGUUAUCAAGCUUGGAGGAGAACUUGGUGCAGAAUCUUCUACGGAUGACGAGCCAGUAUACCAGGUGCCAACCAAUGGAGCACCCAUAGAGGAUAGUCCAGAACACAUUUAUGCCGUGCCAUCGAACAAUGGUGAGGUCAAGAUUGACAAGUCAGGAAAUAGCCUAGUGGAGUUGGAGACAGAACUGGAGACAAUUGGACAGGGUAUAGAGCAGAUGAACAAGUUUGAGACUGACUUUGACGCCCUAGCAGCAGGAACUCCAUCUGCUGUUUCACCAGCAGCAAGUACAGGUAGUGAUCCCUGGGGAACUGGUUCAACCUCUCAAGCUGAUCAAAAGUCUGCUGAUAAUUCCUUGUUUGAUAAUGAUUUUGGAUCAACCACCAAUGGUUCUGCCCAGAGUGGUCAGUCAGAUCUCCAAGAUAUUGACCUGUUUGGGACACAGCCAGUCAUUAAAGGCAAAGAUGACAUCAUGAAUCUUUUUGGACCCCAGAACUCACAGAUGCCAGGAGGGUUUCCUCCUCAAAACCCGCAAAUACCUGGAGGGUUUCCUCCUCAAAACCCACAAAUACCUGGAGGGUUUCCUCCUCAAAAUCCGCAAAUGCCUGGAGGAUUUGGACCCUCAGUGUCACCAGUACCCCAAGCAUUUGGAGUGUCCACAGGUUUGCAGCCUGCAGCUUUUCCUGGAGCUCCUGUGGCUGGAGUUCCACCUCAACCAGGCAUGCCAAACCCAUUUGGAGGGCCUCCUGCAUUUGGAACACCUCAGGAAAACUCAACUGUCACAAUUGUUGAUAGAAAUGCAGAAGAGUUCUCACCUCCACCACCAGUUCCUCAGAGGCCUUCUGCUGCUCCUGCCCCUGCCAUUAACCCAUUUGGUGAGGAUCCAUUUGCCAAUGCAGCACCUACAGGAGGGUUUGCCAACUUCUCUAAUGGAAACACUGCAGGUGGGGCUUUGUUUGAUGAACCACUGCUGGCCCCUGUCAAGUUGACAGUGGAGGAGGCACCCCAAGUGGAGAACAAAGCUGGUACAGGUGAUGCCUUCAGUGACCUCUGUGAAUUAGGGACCAAGGAUAAAACAGCCCUCAGCCCAAAAGGCUUGUUUGCAGAGUUGAGUGCUCAGCCAAAGAAAAGUAUCAACCAGUUAAGAACUGAACAAGUGCCAAAGGGGCCACAGGCAAGUGACAGUGACCCAUUUGGGUCUGUAGACAAUGCAUCCCUUCCUGCAGUGGUAAACUUUUCCUCCCCAUUUCAAACAAAAACUUCCGAUCCUUUCGAUACAUCACAUAUCAAGCCUGCUAUUUCCAGUCAAUCCAAGCCAGAAUCCUUCCACAAUGUGCCAUGUUCUUCCAAGUCUAAAUUUAAAGAUUUGGCUUUUUCAGAAAAUGAUGACUUUAACCUUCCAUCACCGGAAGGGCCACCACCCCCUUUACCUUCAAUGGCAACACCUCGUGACAUGCCUCAGAUUAUUCCCCCUGCUCCACCACCCCGACCCAGUGGCAGCCCAGCUGCAAAUUCCACUCACUCCACUCUUCCACAGCCUGACUCUCCCCCCAGACUGCCUCCUCGUAAUUCAGUGUCAAACCUACAACAUACUCCAGUGCCGCGACCUCGGCCAAGGCCAAAGGUCAACAGUGUGAACAACUCCCCACCACUGCCACCUCGAAACAAAACUAUUUCCACAAAAGAUUCAAAUGGACAAGAAUCUCAUAUUGCCAAAAAUAAUGUGGAUAAAGAAUCUCAUGGAAAUGGAUCAACAAGCUCUGACAAUGUGAUAAAAAAUGUGCCUGUGGUGGACAGAUUUGUGAUUGAGGAUCCCUUCCUCAACUCGGACCCUUUUGCAGAAACGGAUGUAUUUUCAUCUUCAUCAUUUGAUGGAUUUCCAAGUUCUCUCAGUAUAGAUGAUUUUAAUUCCAAUGAUCCUUUCAUGUCUAGUCAACAAAAUACAAAUAACAACAGGGACAAAUAUCUGGACUCAAAAGAUGAUCCUUUUGCAGUGUUUGAUAAUUGUUUGAAUGACACUUUCAAUUUCAAAAGUGGAAAUUCUAGGAAAAAUUCCAAGAAAAAGCGGAAUAGUACUGGAAAUUAAUGCAGUGAUAUGAGGUGACACGACCUUUAUUGUGCACUGAGGAGCCGAUCUAUGCAGUAGUGAACAAGCCAAAGUCCUGAGGAGACACAAAGUGACCUGUUGAGCAAAAAGCAAACCAGUUGGACAGAUUUAUCUCCCUUUACCACAGACAUGUAUUGCAAUGCAUGCAGGACACUAAUUCUGUGUUUUAUUACACACCAUACCUUUAAACUUUCAUCUGCCUUCAAUACUGACUGAAUGUACUCAUUUUAUUUUUAGAAAAUUUCAUGACCAGAUUCAAUUGAUUUUUUAUUUACCUUUUGUUUUAAUAGUGUUAAAUGACACACAAAAUGGAAAGGAAUGGUUAAUUUCAGACUGGACCAAGAACUAUUACAAUCAGCAUCUUGUUUUGCAUUGUAAUUGCCUACAUCACAUCAUUAAUUUUUGUGUUGUUAUGAUAUUUUCAAAUAUCUUAAUUGAGUGUGUAAACCUGUAGACCAGGAGUAGAACACAAGUGAUAUAUAGAAUUUUAAUUAAAAUUGUUAAUGAUUUUGCUGGCACAGAACUAUUUUGUAUCUGAUUACAAUACAGAGUUUCUUGUAACUAGAUAUAAGGUAAAGUAUGAGAAGAUACACAACCAUUUUGUAUAGAGACGAUACAAAACUGCUCUCACUACAUUAGGUGAGAAAUGAUAUAGGACUAUUUUUUAUCAUAUGGUUGAAAUGGAUGGUGUUGAAAUGUGAGAAACUACUAAUUGAUUUUGUAUUUGGAUUGUGAAGGUGUUGGUUUUGUAUUAGAUUGUCAAGAUUUGAGAUGAUAAAGAAUGAUUUUGUUCCUUAUUGUUAAAAUGUGAUACUCAUCAAGUGGAGGAACCUGCUGUGUACAACAAACCCAGCUGUCAUGGUUAUUAAAGUGGUCCUAAGUUUUCUUGAUGUGAAGGUUUAUAAUUGCAUAUUUUUUGCUGAAAUUUAUAUAUUUUUGAAAAGAUAUGUAGUUCUAAGUGUUUAGUUAAGAGACGUUGGUUAGAAUCCUUAUGUGCCUAUCAUAAAUUGUGGUGAAAUUACAGGAUCACAUGGUCUUUCUGAGCAGGUAAUGUACAGCAGUUGAAUUAAAAGUUUUAAAAACAGGGAGAUACUGUUAAAUGAAGUAUUAACUUUUCAGGGGCAGCCUGAAAUGGGAACCAUAAUAUAAAACAGAAAGGUUAAUGAUUAUAUACAAAGCAAAGUGAUGUAUUUAAGAUAAAGGAUGGAAAAUUUGAAAUUUCCAUUUUGAAGUCUGCGGUGCUGUUUAAUUGAGAGGUGCUAAUGGAUAUUUAAUUUUCACAUUGUUACACAUAUUGCCUGAUAUGCUCACACAUUGCGAUUGAUUAGACAUAUUGUUGUAGAGAGAAAGAAACAGGAGUGGUACAAGAAUUUGUGAUUGAUUACACAUUACUUUAGGGAGAGAGAAACUUGUGAUUGUUAAGAAACAUGGAGAUGGAGAGACACAUUGCUGCAGGGGAAAGAAACAUGUUAAAAUAUGUGAUUGUUAAGACACUUCGUGAUAGAUUAGACACAUUGUUAUAGAGAGAAACUUGUUAAGGAGAAAGACACAUUCUAUUGAUAAGUGAUGUUCUAUAGGAAGAAAAAAAUAUGGUUGUUUCCACACAUCAUGAUGGAUUAGACACAUUUUUAUAGAGAGAAAUAAAAUUAUGAUUGUUAAGACACAUCAUGAUGGAUAAGACAUAUUGUUAUAGAAAGAAAGAAAAAUGUGAUUGUUAAGACACAUCAUGAUGGAUUAGACACAUUGUUAUAGAGAGAGAAAAACAUGAUUGUUAAGACACAUUGUGGUGAAUUAGAUGCAUUGUUAUAGAGAGAAAGAAAAAUGUGAUUGUAAAGACACAUCAUGUUGGAUAAAACAUGUUGUUGUUGGGAGAAUGAGAAUUAUGAAUAUUAUACUUUUGGUACAUUGUCUGGAGAAAGAAACAUUGAUAAGACACAAGGUAAAUGUUUUUGUAGGGAAGUGUUUUGAACAGUCAUUCCUUUAUCAAAGUAUUAAGGUAUAUAGUCCUCUCCACUGCAUGUUUCAGGAUAGAUUUGGAAUAAUAUAGAUAUCUGCUGCAACUUUACAAUAGCAGUUGGUUUUGUUAUCAAUAAUUUAGUGAUUCUCUUUAAAAUAAAAGUGCUGUGUUCAUUGGCAAAUCCAACAAGUAAUGCUGCCAAUAUCUUCUUACAUGAAUAUAUCUCUGAAAUAAAGAAGUUAUGGUGUACCAUUAGAUAUCAAUUCUAGAUAAAUAUCGAGUAAUUUGUAUAACCUAUGCAUUAUAUCUGUUAUGUCAGUAUUCUAUAUGCUUGCAGUACUUGUCAACUGUGUGCUUACACUAUUGUUAAUAUACUUUUAUCAUUGUUAUAUAGAUUAUUUUAUAAAUUACUUAAUUUGAAUGAUUUUUUGUAUCAUUUUUUAUGAGUGAAGGAAUUUUAAUAUUAAUUUGUAUGUACACAUACUAUACAAGUUUAAAUAAUUACUUACGAUUCCACAACUUGUUAAAUUAUAUUAUUUAUCUCUAUAUUCCUAUAUUAUUACUUUACAGUAAUAAUCAAUCCUCAUGAUGCCAUAUUACUUGCAAUUUGUUAUCGAGAAUAUCUCUUGUUGAUAGAUUUUGUUUGGGCAUCGUAGGAGAAAAAUCAUUUUAAUAUUGUAAAUAUGGUAUUUAUUAUGCAAAAGCGUCUAUAUAUUUGUUUUAUAUUCCCCAUCUUUAAUGCCUACACACAUGCUUACAUGCCAAACCAAGGGAGAUUACUCUGUCCUAAACCUGUGCUUGGUGUCAAUGAUACUGUUAUAUAUGUAUAGAUUAUCGGUAUUAUUACAAAAGAAGAAUUUACUUGUUUUUACCAAAAAACUUAAAUUUGGAAAGUGCAAUAAAAUCAAAAAUUAAAAUUUCAAAA